CUCGCGUCUCCUCCGCCCACUUCUUGGGCUUCCAGCACGCACCAGAAAGGGGGUUCCAAGGCGGUCCCAGGCUGGUGGGGUGGAGCCUGCAGUCUCCAACCCAGACCGCCCGACUCCACCCGCCUUAGGGCACAGCUGCUCCGAGCCCACCUGUCCAGGUCCCCAUCCCAGCCUUGGAAAUGACCCUGGCAGCUCCCUCCCAGCGCUCCCAAAUCAUCCGCUCCAAGUUCCGAUCUGUCCUCCAGCUUCGGAUCCACAGACGGAAUCAGGACCCAACCUCAGAUUCAGAUCCGUGGAUCUCAGCCUCAGGCCCAGCUCUGGCCCCAGCUUUGCCCUUGGUCCCUGCCUCUUUCCUCUUCAGCCCUGGCGUCUUGCUCCCUGAGACGGAAUAUUGUCCUUGGAGGUCCCCAAAGAAGGAGUCUUCCAAGACCUCCCAACGCUGGAGCGAGUCCAAGCCCAGGGGAAACUUAACAUACCACCAGUACAUGCCCCCGGAGCCGAGACAAGGGUCCAGGGCAGACCCCCAAGUUGAGAGGUCAGCCCUGGGUCCCCAGGGGCCACCUCUGUGGGAAGGGACAAACUCACAGCAGCUACAUCCUAGAAUGAAGCCCACUCCCCUCACUCCCUUCCAACCAGGAGUCCCCAGCCCUUCUCCCCCUCCACACAAGUUGGAACUUCAGACUCUUAAACUGGAGGAGCUGACGGUCUCAGAGCUCCGGCAGCAGCUGCGCCUGCGGGGCCUCCCGGUGUCCGGGACCAAGUCGAUGCUCCUGGAGCGCAUGCGCGGCGGCGCCCCGCCCCGCGAGCGGCAGAAGCCGCGGCGGGAGGACGGUGCGGCGGGUGCUCCCUGGCCACGCCUCAGGCCCAAGGCCCUGGGAACCUCCCGGCGGCAGGGCACGACCAAGUCGAAUCCGGCGUCUCACAAGCCACCUCCUCCACGAGCGGCCGGGAGCCUAGUGACUGCUCCGGCUCCGCCUCCGCCUCCUCCUCCUCCUCCUCCUCCUCCGCCUCCGGCCACAGCCCUAACACCUUCCUCAGCGCCCCUGACGCUGGAGGAGGAGCUGCAGGAAGCCAUCCGGAGGGCGCAGCUGCUUCCAAAUCGGGGCAUUGAUGACAUCCUGGAGGACCAGAUCGAGCCUGAUGACCCGCUGCCCCCCAUUCCUCUGGACUUUCCUGGCUCCUUCGACGUGCUGUCCCCCUCCCCGGACUCUGAAGGCCUCUCGUCUGUCUUCUCCUCUUCACUCCCAACCCCCACGAACUCCCCAUCCACCUCUCCCAGAGGCCCCACGGAUUCCUUGGACUGGUUAGAGGCCCUGAGUGGGGGUCCUCCACUGGGCUCUGGCCCUCCAGCCCCCAGCAUCUUCUCUGCUGACUUAUCUGACUCCAGUGGCACCCGGCUCUGGGACCUGCUGGAGGACCCGUGGUGAUGGGUUCUGGAGUUUUUCAGGGACCCAGAACUGGUGCGGGUGAAGAUGGCAAAGAGACUCCAGGAGGGGAAAUGGAACAACUAGUAGAGCCCCUCCCACCACAGACACCCAAUCCCAAUCUGGCCCCUAACUGCUGCUGACAUGCGAAUGCCUGGACUUUGCCUUCCUAUGGGCCUUACCACCUCUAUGGUUGUGUGGUUGGGGAUGGAGGUUCAUUUGCUGCUGCCCAAGGCAAACAAGCUGCUUUCUGCUUCCUUUUGAGACCUCAUGGAUGUUCUUAAUGCCCGUUUCCUCACAUAUACAUACAGAUGGAUGCCUGUUGUGUGGCGAAGCUGAAGGGGGAUAUGCUGUUGGAUGCAGGAAAGGGGCAGGGAAGAGUAGGGAGGGACAAGAGGGUAGCCAGACCCCUGGGUUCCAGUUGGAUCAGAAGUGUUGUGUCUGAAGUCAGCUUCUGUUGGAGGCACAGAGACAAGAUGUCCACACCAGUGAUUUGUUUAAGAAAUGCUUUCCAGGAGAGAUAUACUGAGGGACUGGAGAAAGACAGACUAGAGGAAGAAAAGGAGCCAGAGUGUGCCCUCAGGUGAAGUCUCAGCUUCGGCCUCUUCCCCUGGGGAGUUGUGGAGCAUAAAUUCAGCUACAGACUUUUCCACUUUGGGGUGCGUGGAACCAGGCCUUUGAAUCUCCCUGUCUGGGCUUUCUAUUGCUAAAACCAUAAAGCAAUAACCAUC